AUGGAGCUCCCACCUAUGACCCUAUGGGCAUUUUGGUCAUUUCUCCUUGUCUCUUCCACUCACGUUCCAUCUUUCUUCGGAUCUGCCGCUCACUUCUCCAACGAAACCAAUCACCUUGCUUUGCUCCACUUUAAAGAUCUGAUAACCGACGAUCCUCUCCAUUCGUUGAGCUCAUGGAACCAUACUCUCCACUUCUGUCGCUGGCAAGGAGUCACAUGCGGUGGUCGCCGCCAUCCUCAAAGGGUCACUGCCUUGAUCCUCACAAACAAUAACUUGGUGGGCCCCAUUUCUCCCUUCAUAGGGAACCUCACCUUCCUCAAGAGAAUCGAUCUCGCAAACAACAGCUUCAGCGGACCGAUUCCUGAACAGAUGGGCCAAUUGUUCCGCUUGCGGUUUCUCGCUCUGCAUAAUAACACACUCACUGGAGAAAUUCCAACAAAUCUGACCUACUGUUCAAAACUCGAAUUCCUUUAUCUUUCCCGGAAUCGGUUGUCAGGGAGAAUUCCAACUGAGAUUGGCUCUCUAUCGAAACUCACUGAAUUGAUUCUUGGUAAGAACAAUCUUACCGGAAGCAUCCCACUUUCACUUGGAAACCUUUCGUCUCUCUCUUUCCUUUAUCUCACAACAAACAGUCUGGAUGGCAGCAUACCAGAUGACCUUGGUCGGUUGGCAAGCUUAGAGCAGUUUCACAUUGGUGAAAAUGAACUGUCAGGUAGGAUUCCACCCCAGCUAUACAAUCUCUCCUCUAUUAGGGUUUUGGACGUGGGAUUGAACAGAUUGCACGGAAACCUUCCUCCUAACUUAGGCCUCACUCUUCCUAAUCUCCAAGAGCUUUACGCUGGAACAAACCAAUUCACAGGACCCAUACCAAUUUCAUUAUCCAAUGCUUCAGGACUUGUAAAUAUUGACCUUGAUAGCAAUAGCUUUAGCGGAUCUAUACCUACUAAUUUUGGAAGCCUCGAGGGUCUGUCCAAUUUACUUUUGUGGGAUAAUAAACUUGGAAUUGGAAAAUCUCAUGACUUGAUUUUUCUCGAUUCUUUGACCAAUUGCAGUAGCUUACGAGCUGUGCAGGUAGCCAGUAAUCAUCUCAGCGGUGCGUUGCCCGACUCCAUGUCUAAUAUUUCGACCCAACUGACUUCGCUUAGUUUGGGAGAUAACAAAAUAUUCGGAAGCAUCCCAUCUGGGAUUCAGAAUCUUGUGGACUUAACAGUACUGGAUAUGGGGAAUAACUUUUUAACAGGUACUAUUCCCAUUGGUAUUGGGAAACUUAACAAGGCAGGAAUGCUUUUCUUUUAUGCAAAUGAAUUAUCAGGGAAAAUUCCGUCUUCCUUGGGCAACAUCUCCCAAUUGUUCGUACUCAGUUUAUAUGAAAACAAUCUAUCAGGGAGCAUACCUUCAACUAUUGGUAAUUGUAAAAACCUGCAAUUCAUAUACCUCGACAGUAAUAAGUUUAGCAGUAGCUUACCCAAACAACUUUUCAUCUUUCAAUCUUUGAUUUAUCUUGACAUUGGAAAUAACUCUUUUACCGAUAGUUUGCCACUCGAAGUUGGUUACUUGAAAACUCUCUCGUCAUUACGUGUUUCAAAUAACAAAUUGUCAGGAGAAAUUCCAAGCUCGCUAGGCAAUUGUCUCAGCCUAGAGUAUCUCUCGUUGGAUGGAAACUUCUUUCAAGAAUCAAUUCCUCCAACAUUUAGUACUCUAAGAGGCCUUCGAUACCUGGAUCUUUCAGGCAACAACCUAUCUGGAGAGAUUCCAAAAUAUCUGGAGAAGCUUGCUCUAGAGUAUCUAAAUCUAUCCUUCAAUAAUUUUGAGGGUGAAUUACCGAAACAAGGGGUCUUCGGAAAUGCCAGUCAAGUUUCAGUGCUCGGAAAUAAUAAGCUUUGUGGGGGUAUUCCAGAAUUAAAUUUGCCUCAAUGCUCUAGCCAAGCUUCCAAGAAACGGAGAAAGUCUCUUGCAUCCAAAGUAAAAAUCUCAGUUGUUGUUGUUGUCCUGUUCCUUAUGUUAGUAUCAUGCAUCUUUGCCACUCUUUAUUGGCUAAGAAAGUCAAGAAGGAAACCUGUUGAUGUGCCUUCUGCGGAGGAUCAUUUCGUCACCAUGUCUUAUGCGGAACUCUUUAAAGCGACAGAUGGCUUCUCUUCUGCCAAUUUGGUCGGCACUGGAAGUUUUGGCGCUGUAUAUAAAGGGGCUCUAGAUCGUGAUGGAACUAUGGUAGCAGUGAAAGUCUUCAAUCUUCAACAAGAAGGAGCUCUGAGGAGCUUCAUGGCUGAAUGCGAAGCCUUAAAAAACAUUAGACAUCGGAAUCUUGUUAAGAUCUUAACUUGCUGUGUAAGCAUUGAUUUCAAGGGCAAUGAUUUUAAAGCUCUAGUUUAUGAGUACAUGCCCAAUGAAAGUCUAGACAAGUGGUUGUACAAAGAUGGUCAUGAGUAG